CAACAUAACGCUCAGGCCUACAAAUUUAACUUUUUUCAACAACUUCUGUAGUGAAUAAUUUCAAAACAUGAUAUCGAUUUAGAAAAACCGUUUUAUUAUUUAAACCAUUAGUAUUAUUUGAAAGGUUGGAGAAAUUAUUUAUUGCAGUAAAUUUCAUUGAACUCACAAGUCACUGAUCUAUUUACAUCUGGGGCACGCUUUUCUGUUCUGCUGUUCAUCGUUUAUGCAAUAACCCCAAACUUCCAACCUGCAUUCUGCAGAUGAUAAGUCAAGUCUGAAAGCACGAAACAAAACAGCGGAUUGUGUAAAGUUGUGUUUACGAAUUCACCACACAUUACUUGUCAGUAUAAUUCUGGUUACCAAAAUUUCAGGUUACUCUCAAUAGGAGCACAAUGAAAGUAACGGUAUCCACAUUAAACGAUGAUAUAUUUGUGUUAGACGUCAGUGAAGAUUUAGAAUUGGAAAACUUUAAAGCAUUUUGUGAAAUAGAAUCUGGAUUUCCAGCGCCUGAAAUUGUAAUUGUCCACAAUGGAAAACCGCUGAUUGACGAUAAAAUAUCUAUCAAAACUCAUGGAGUUCGUGAUGGGGAUGUUGUAAUUUUACAACACAUGUCUACAAGUUCAUCUCAAGCAAACUUCAGUGCUCCUGAUAACGGACCUCUGGUAGGGUUGGAUUUCAGCGCUAUUCAAAUCCCAGGACAGUCUCCGGCUGGCGGGGGUGGUAGAGGGGGCGGAGCCAGCAGCAGUGGAGGGGGCGGGGCCAGCAGUGGGUCUCCGCUGUCAUCGCAGUGGUCGCAGGUCAAUGACCCCGCCCAUGUGCGCGAUCUCUUCCUCGCCAAUCCCGACCAAUAUGCGCUGCUCAAGCAGAACAAUCCGUUGCUUGCCGAUGCGCUUGCUUCUGGCCGUUUAGAAGACUUUGCGGCGAUGCUGCAACAGCAGAUGGCAGAGCGAGAGCGCCGCCAAGAGCAGCGACUGCGCAUGAUGAACGCGCACCCGUUCGACACGGAGGCUCAGCGCCUCAUCGCCGACGAAAUCAAGCGCAAAAACAUCGAAGCCAACAUGGAGGCCGCCAUGGAGUACAACCCGGAGACGUUCGGCACCGUUGUCAUGUUGUACAUCAACUGCAAAGUCAACGGCCACAAAGUGAAGGCUUUUGUCGACUCAGGCGCACAAACAACUAUAAUGUCAGCAGCUUGUGCCGAGAGAGUGAACAUAAUGCGGUUGGUGGACACGAGAUGGUCGGGCUACGCGAAGGGUGUCGGAGUGCAGCGCAUUCUCGGCAGGGUGCACAUGGUGCAGGUGCAGAUCGAAAACGACUUCCUCACCACCUCCUUCUCAGUUCUCAAAGAACAGCCGAUGGACAUGCUUCUCGGGCUCGAUAUGUUAAAACGUCAUCAGUGUUCAAUAGACCUGGAAAGAAAUGUUCUGAGGAUAGGUACGACUGGAACAACCACACAGUUCCUAGGCGAGCAAGAUCUCCCUGAAUGUGCCAGGCUAUCAACAAUUGCCAAUGAGGACGAGCUACUAGCAUCCUCUGCCAAUCAAGACGAACUCUUGCAACAGGCCAUAAAGGACAGCAUCUCAACAAGUGCGGGUGCAGGCGCCACCCCUUCCACCAGUGGACCGUCAGCCAACGUCAAUCGACUAGAUCCUGCCAAUUCCAUCUUGCCAUCCGACAAAUUCACCGAAACUGAAGUGAAGGAAUUGAUAAGUCUCGGAUUCACAAGAGAACAGGUAAUAUCAGAGCUGAGGAGAUUCAAUGGAGAUAAAAAACAAGCUACAGCCGCUUUGUUUGCAAAAUCUCUUCGAUUUUAAGAACGAGCCAGUACAUUAAAAAUGGGGAAUGGCGGCGGUUCAAAAACAAAACCACGAAGGCUUCUGUCACAGUUUCAUAUAAUUUCUAAUACCAAAUGGUAGUUUCUAUAAUGUCUGUAUAUUACGAGUAUUUUACACUCAAUUAUGUCAAUAAAAAAUAUUGAAACUUA